AUGCCAAAGCGACACGGCGAUGACGACCUUUAUAGAGAAAUGCUCCGCGGCGUCAAGCAAAUGAGAAUUUGCGCCGUGGUUAGUUCGUGGGUUUCGUUCCCUGUCGAGAUCCGCCGCAUGAUCCUCGAGGAAGUCUGUCAGGCAAAGCAUCGUGGCUGGACUUCUUGCGCAGCUGUCUGCAAAGAAUGGCAGUUCUUGAUCGAGACAAGGAACUUCAGCCAACUGAAACUACAGACGGGCUGUCUCGACGAAUUCAGCCGCAUCAUGUUGGACAGACGACGAAGGAAGUUUGUUCGAUACAUCAGCCUGAACAUGGAGCUUCCACGCUAUGGCUGCGACUCUUGCAACAAGGUGGAGGGGGCGUCAAGCAGAGUUUCGAACUGCCAUCUCAUCGGGAAAGCCACGUACAAGCUAUUUUCAAUCCUUGGCACCUGGCGCCCGACAGAUGGUGGUCUGACAUUGGACCUGAGCGCCUAUUCACCAAGCGACUCGGAACACUUCUUCAGAAACUAUCCUUGUGGGCCAGAUUAUGGGGACCCAAUCCGGCAUCAGCAAUCUGCUCCCACGGAAUUAUGGAGUGACCGAAAACACGGCUGGGUCAGCGGCAGGCGGGUUCGGGCUCCUACCGCGGCAGCUACAAUGCGGAUUUUCUCCCCGAUCCUACCUGCAAUUCCAAAGGUGACCCCCAUGGUUCCGGUAGUUACCGGGCUUGUGAUACGUCGACAGUUCCGACGCCAGAUCAGCCCCGGGGGUCUACGAGCCCUAUGGGACAAACUCCCUCGACUGCAAAGUCUAGUCUACGAGCCGUGGAGUUUUUGGCGCAACUGGGAGCGCUUGCAGCAGCGGGGGACUCGCCUGGAUAGGCGUGUCUAUGCAACUUUUUUAUUGUCCUAUACAUUGCAGGACUUCCCAAGCCACGUCAGAACUUUAUCCAUCUUUGAAGAUUUUAACCAACAGUUUCAGUCGACACUCGAAGCCAAUUCGGCAUAUCGAACCUUUCUGACCACGGACCCAGCCGCAUACCGACAGCUGGUCCAAGUUCUCGCUUCCAAGAGCUGCAACCUUGAACGGCUUUAUAUUUCCUUCAUGGUUGAGGCUCAAGACUUUUUCGACGCCUGUCAGCAAUCCUAUACCUGGCCUUGCCUCCAAUCGUUAACCCUCACCUCAUCCCUUCUGACACCCGACACUCCCAAAGAGGAGAUCUUUACAUUAUUACACAACGCCAGCUUAGCUGCGCUGAAGAUGCCUCAGCUGGAGACUAUGGCGCUGUGGUUGGGAAGAAGGGGGGGAGCAAGCGCCGUCAUCUACCACAGGGAGAAGGGAAGCAGGCGAGCAACCCUCACCUGGCGCGGCACAUGGGGGCUCAAGCUCGAUCGUCAUGUGAUUGAGGCCUGGAAAAAGGUGGCCUCUGACACCUGCCACCUCGUGGUCGAGAUGGAGAGGGUGCAGCCCGCAUUGAUCAACUCCCACGGCGAUGCUAUCUGGCAUCUGCGCCUGCCAAAGGGGGUCAUCCAUCCAGUAUCGCUCUGGCAGAUUUGCCAGGAGGGUACCAUGCAGAGAUUCAUGGCAAUUGUCUAAUCAACCCGUGGGUCUGCCUUAUUGCCCAAGGCGGGACUACGAAGUAGUCGUGUACGACGUACCUUGGUACUUUUUGAGCGACAAUAAAGCAGAUGUCCCAUAUGUCUAGCCCUCCUAAAUGCCCUUUUUAGUUUUAUGAUAUUUCCGUUCUUGGAAUGCGAAUGGCCUGUCCCUCAAUUCGUUAAGAUAGAUUUUCAAGAGUGCUUCUCGCUCUUCCUCCCAGCCACGCAACCUACACGCUCCUCCCCUCAUGAUACGCAACCAAAGCAGCAACAUUCACCGCCUUCGCC